CGUGCCGCGCCGUGCCAGGGGGAGCGGGGCGUGGGGGGGGUGGGGGGGAAGCCCCCGCUCGGCGCGGCGGUUCCGGCAGGUGGCACUGGCCGCCUCCCCCGGCCGCCUCCCCCGCCCCCCCCCCGGCCCGGGCGCCGCCGCCGCGCUCAGUCCGCCAGCGCCGAUGCUGCUGAGCGGAGCGGCGGCCGGCUCGGAGCGCGGCGGCGGCGGCGGCGGCGGCGGGGCGGGGGCCGGCGGGGCCCCGCAGUGCGUGGGCACCAUGGCCCGCUGGCUCCGCGAGCACCUGGGCUUCCGCAGCGCCAAGCCCGCUCCCCCCGCGCCGCCCAAGCCCGACUACCGCGCCGGGCCGCCGCCGCAGCCGCCCCCGCCGCCCGGGGGCGCGGGCGAGCCGCUGGCCGCCGCCCAGCCCGACAUCGUGGCGGCCUACCGGCUGCAGAAGGAGCGCGACUUCGAGGACCCCUACAGCGGGGCGCCGCCGCCCGCCGCCCCCGACGGGCCCCGCUACGUCUCGCCCAAGCACCGGCUCAUCAAGGUGGAGGCGGCGGAGAAGGUGCCCGCCAGCCCCCCCCCGCCGCCGCCGCUGCUGGCACCCGCCGCCCCCAGCUCGCCCCCCGCCGGCCCCGAGCCUCCCGACGAGCCGCCGCAGGAGCUGGCUGUCCUGGAGGACUACGCAGAUCCCUUCGAUGCGGCGCAGGUGGCUGGUAGCCAGGCAGGGCUGGAGAAGGUGAUGGAGAACGAUGGAUACAUGGAGCCAUACGAAGCCCAGAAGAUGAUGGCUGAGAUCCGCCAGAAGGGCUUACGGGAGGCUCCUGCCCGGCCGUUGCCCCUCUACGACACUCCCUACGAGCCUGUGCUUGGAGGGCUGGACAUGGACAGUGACCGCCUGGCUUGCCCCAGGCCCAGGGAGUCCCGGCUGCCCGAGGAUGAUGAGCGGCCACCGGAGGAGUAUGACCAGCCCUGGGAGUGGAAGAAGGAGCGGAUCUCCAAAGCCUUUGCAGUUGAAAUCAAGGUCAUUAAAGACCUGCCAUGGCCACCGCCGGUGGGACAGCUUGACAGCGGUGAAAGCCCCCCGGACGGUGAGGCUGGUGCCUCCGUCCCCCUGCAGCACGGCCAGCCCAGCUAUGAAGACGCCAACGGUCCAUCAGAGGGGCUGGGGUACGGCCGCACCUCGCCCUGCAGGGAGGAGAAGGCCAGGGCUGCCCUCAGGCAUGGCUCCACCAGCCUCAAGAGCACGAAGAUGCUGAUCGCCGAGUCUGGCCCCUUUGUCGGGGAGAGGAUUGACCCUGCCCUGCCUCUGGAGAGCCAGUGCUGGUACCACGGGGCCAUCAGCCGGACAGACGCGGAGACGCUGCUGAGGCUGUGCAAGGAGGCCAGCUACUUGGUGCGCAACAGCGAGACCAGCAAGAACGACUUCUCCCUCUCCUUGAAGAGCAGCCAGGGCUUCAUGCACAUGAAACUGUCCCGGACCCAAGAGAACAAGUACGUGCUGGGUCAGCACAGCCCGCCCUUCGACAGCGUGCCAGAGAUCAUUCAUCACUACGCCAGCCGCAAGCUGCCCAUCAAGGGGGCUGAGCACAUGUCUUUGCUUUACCCGGUGGCUAUCCGUACCCUAUAGUACUCACCCACCACAAGCCAGGCUCGAGGCCGGGUGCACCCGAAACUGGCCCGUCCGCAGGGCCGCCGUGCUGAGGACGGGCUCCGGACCAGCAGCCCACGAGCAGCUCGCUGGGCAUGGCCGGCGCUGUUGGGGAUUGCUGCAGCUGGACCCCUCGUCCCCCUCUCUCGGGGGGGGGGGCUCCUGCGCACUGGUUUGCCCACUGGGAUGGUGCCGGGGGGACCCCCCCCAGCCCUGCGCAAGGAGCUGAGCGGGGCUCGCCGGCUGCCCCCUGCCCUCGCCUGCCUCUGGGCAGAGCUUGGGACGCGAGGACUGGAACCGGGGCCUUGGAGAGGCCGGGGAGGGGGGCGAUGUGCAGGGAAAAAGGGGAGAAAUCAACCAGUAGCAGGCCUGAGGUGCCUCCACAAGGGUGCCUGGCUCUGCCCACAGGAGACAAAACGGCUGUGCCCACGGGCGAGAGGGCUGGCAGGGCACAAGCGGGGGCCUGCCCGGGGCUAGCGAGGCAUGCGGGGAGGGCUAGGCAGGCCGGCGGUGGCCCCCAUCUGCACGGGUGCUCAGUACUUGUCGCCAUCCUUUGCCAAAUGUAAAUAGUGACCGGUCUCGGCUGCACGUGCAGCACCACUGCCUAAUAAAGCGGUGCAUGGUCUCCUCCUGCUCCACGGGGGCCGUGUACCCGCAUCCCACCA